AGAUUUUUUCCCUUCGGCAGGUGUAAUACUAGAAAAGGAAAAUGGGAAAGAGAAAGGCAGCAGGAAAGAAGGAGAAGGCUGUUGCAGAACCUGAAGCAGAAGUUGAGAAGGAGAUUGAAGAGGAAGAACCUGUAGAAGACGAGGAUGACCAGUUUAGCUCUGGGUCAGAUGAGCCCAAGCCAAAGGUCAUUGCCAAGACCAAGGGCAAUGCCAAAGCCAAGACCAAUGCCAAGGCCAAUGCUGCUGGAGAGGAAGCUGAGGAGAAGAAGGGAAAGGCCAAGCAAGCCAGGGGAGGUGGAAAACGUCGUAAGGAGGAAGCAGAACCAGGGCAAAAGAAUAAGAGCAAGAAACGUGCUCAGGAGAGUGAGGAUGAGGAGGACAGUGUAGAAGAGGAUGAAGAAGAAGAGGUCACCUUUGCAAAUUGUGUGAAGGGGGCGUAUAAGAAGAGAGCUGUGGCUGUGGCAGAUGCUAUUCGAGAAUUACAUCCAGCUCUCCAGAUUGAGCUCAACUCCAUUCCUCCUCGGAAGAAUUCCUUUGAAAUUGUUUAUAUUGAUGAGAACAACCAAGAGAGGUUGUUGUGGAGUGGGAUCAAGAAGGGGCCCCCGAGGAAGCUCAAGUUUCCCGAGCAGGAUGUCAUUCUCAAAGCUCUGAACGAAGCCGAAGUAUAGGAAGGGAAUUGUCGAGUGUGUCCAUUUUCUUCUUUUCUCAUGACAGCCUUGUUUCUGUGUUCUUUUUGUUUGUAGGAGGGGAGGGAAUGCAUGAUGGAUCUGUUGAAAUCUAGGUUCUUCCCUAGGAUGCAGAUUCUGAAGAUUUCGCUUCUUUCUCUUCCUCUUCCAAGACCACAUUGUACCAAAAGGAUUUGGGAAUUUGUCUUUGUAAAUUUUUCU